AUGCCCCAUUUAAAUGAGGAAGGCUAUAAGAUCAAUGAGAUAAACAGCCUCCAAGCUAUUCAGAAGCACACUGAAGAUAUCGAUAGAAAUCAACAAAGUCCGCAACAUAGUGCGCUCUUAGCUGUGGGGGAUGUGCCUCAGAAUGAAGUGCCCCAGCUGAUCAAGGAGCUUGAAACGAAAGAUGCAAAGUUUCCAAGCACCGAUUCAAAUGAGGAAGGAUAUAAGAUCAAUGAGAUAAACAGCCUCCAAGCUAUUCAGAAUCACACUGAAGAUAUCGAUAGAAAUCAACAAAGUGCUCAACAUAGUUCGCUCUUAGCCGUGGGCGAUGUGCCUCAGAAUGACGUGCCCCAGCUGAUAAAGGAGCUUGAACCGAAGGAUGCAAAGUUUCCAAGCCACGAUUCAGAUGAGGAAAGCUAUAAGAUCAAUGACAUAAACAGCCUCCAAGCUAUUCAGAAGCACACUGAAGAUAUCGAUAGAAAUCAACAAAGUGCGCAGCAUAGUGCGCUCUUAGCUGUGGGCGAUGUGCCUCAGACUGACGUGCCCAAGCUGAUAACGGAGCUUGAAACGAAAGAUGUAAAGUUUCCAAGACCUGAUUCAAAUGAGGAAGGCUCUGUGGGCGUUGUGUCUCUGAAUGAAGUGCCCCAGCUGAUGAAGGAGCUUGAAACGAAAGAUGCAAAGUUUCCAAUCCCCGAUUCAAGUGAGGAAGGCUUUAAGAUCAAUCAGAUAAACAGCCUACAAGCUGUUCAGAAGCACACUGAAGAUAUCAAUAGAUGUCAACAAAGUGCGCAACAUAGUGCGCUCUUAGCUGUGGGCGAUAAUGACGUGCCACAGCUGAUAAAGGAGCUUGAAACGAAAGAUGCAAAGUUUCCAAGCACCGAUUCAAAUGAGGAAGGAUAUAAGAUCAAUGAGAUAAACAGCCUCCAAGCUAUUCAGAAGCACACUGAAGAUAUCGAUAGAAAUCAACAAAGUGCGCAACAUAGUGCACUCUUAGCUGUGGGCGAUGUGCCUCAGACUGACGUGCCCCAGCUGAUAAAGGAGCUUGAAACGAAAGAUACUGACGUGCCCCAGCUGAUAAAGGAGCUUGAAACGAAAGAUGCAAAGUUUCCAAGCCCCGAUUCAAAUGAGGAAGGCUAUAAUAUCAAUGAGAUAAACAGCCUCCAAGCUAUUCAGAAGCACACUGAAGAUAUCGAUACAAAUCAACAAAGUGCGCAACAUAGUGCCCUCUUAGCUGUGGGCGAUGUGUCUCAGAAUGACGUGCCUCAGCUGAUAAAGGAGCUUGAAACGAAAGAUGCAAAGUUUCCAAGCCCCGAUUCAAAUGAGGAAGGCUAUAAUAUAAAUGAGAUAAACAGCCUCCAAGCUAUUCAGAAGCACACUGAAGAUAUCGAUAGAUUCAACAAAGUGCUCAACAUAGCGCGCUUAGCUGUGAGCGAUGUGCCUCAGAAUGAGGUGCCCCAGCUGAUCAAGGAGAUUGAAAGAUGCAAAGUUUCCAAGCCCCGAUUCAAAUGA